CCAUGGUACCUACACGCCGCUUGCCGGGUUCUCCGGAGUUGGGUGUCUGUGCUGUGUAGCCUAGUGGACCCUCGAGCCGAGCUUCACGUCCAGGGGCUGUGGGUCCACAGAGUUCCGCAGCGCCACUUCUGCCUGCUCCAGGGUCUUGGAGAUGGACUUUCUUCAGUUCUUGGCCUUCUUCUUUGUCCUGCUGCUGUCUGGAGUGGGGGCCACAGGUACCCUGAGGACCUCAAUGGACCCAAGCCUGAAGAUUUACAAGAAGAUGUUUGAGGUGAAACGGCGGGAGCAGCUGUUAGCACUGAAGAACUUGGCACAGUUGAAUGAUGUCUACCAGCAGUACAAGAUCCUUGAUGUUAUGCUCAAGGGGCUCUUUAAGGUGCUGGAGGACUCCCGGACAGUGCUCAUUGCUGCCAACGUGCUCCCAGAUGGGCCCUUCCCCCAGGAUGAGAAGCUGAAGGAUGCCUUCUCCCAUGUGGUAGAGAACACGGCCUUCUUCGGGGAUGUGGUACUACGCUUCCCGAGGAUCGUGCACCACUACUUUGACCACAACUCCAACUGGAACCUCCUCAUCCGCUGGGGCAUCAGCUUCUGCAACCAGACAGGUGUCUUUGACCAGGGGACCCACUCACCCAUCCUUAGCUUGAUGGCCCAGGAGUUGGGGAUCAGCGAGAAAGACUCCGACUUCCAGAACCCAUUUAAAAUAGACCAUCCAGAGUUUAUUCCCAGCACCGACCCUUUCCAGAAGGCCCUGAGGGAAGAAGAGAAACGAAGGAAGAAAGAAGAGAAGCGGAAAGAGAUCCGAAAAGGCCCAAGGAUCUCCCGAUCCCAGUCUGAGUUGUAACCCUGGAGCAGCGCAGGGAUCAAGGGGCCAGCAGGAGGCCUCUCAARAGGACGGGGAGGCAGCUACGUGGCUUGGCAGCCUCCACCAUGGUGAUGAGCACCGGUCCCUUCCAGAUGGCGACACCAAGUUUACUGGGUCCUCAGGAGCUGAAGGGACUAUACAUCAGGGGGCUGAAUUUUCUCCCAGGACCUCUAGAGAGGGUGUCCAGGAGGCCUUUAGAGAACACUGUGGAGACUGCCGGGGAGGCAGGAGGGCCUCCUGGCUGGACUCUUGGUAGGCGAAGGUCCUGGCUGGCUGGCUGCUGCAGUCUGCAGGGAAGCAUCAAAACCAGGCUCUGAAUCACUGGAAAAGGUGUGAUGCCUAUUUCUUGUCCCAUUGUGUCCCAGCCCAGGUCCCAGCUCCUCUCCAGAGACACAAUAAAAGCCAGAAAAUUCACUGGACCCACUGAGGCUGGUGAGGGGACUGUGAGGAAUCAGGGGCCCUCAGGGAUGUCGAGGCCAGCUUAGAGGAUGUUCCCACCUCAUCAAGAAGAGUCUCACGCCUGAUGGAGCAAAGAAGCAGAGGCUUGGCUCAGGCUUCCUGUGCCAUCCUCAGCACUGCCCUUGAUGAGAGUUCAUUGUCAGAAGGGGAACUGGAAGAGAGAGAGUAUUUGAUCCAAGGAGAUCUGGGAGCAAUAUGAUCUCUGUAUUCAGAUAACCUAGGGACGGUCAUUGAGCGGAUGCUGGGAAUAAUCCAUGUGCUGUCUCUGGCCAUGCUGGAGGACCUGCAGCCUGUGGGUGGGGGCUGUAGGGCACCAGCAGGAGGCUGCUUUACAGUGAUCCAGUUUGGUAGGAGUGCAAACUCUCCAUCUCAGGAGGUGUGCAAGCAAGUUCCCUUGGCCACAGGGCAGAGGCGCUGCAGAGGGAGUUAGGCCCUGAAUGGCCCUCCUGCUUUCUCUGGCCCCCAGUGGAGAUGGCUGCCCUUUACUCCACUCCUGCCCCUCCCAAGCACAAAAGGGAGGGGAAUUCUACCCCUGCCUCUUUGACCUGGCCGAGCUGGGGUCUGCCUCUUACUGGGGCAGAGACACACAACCAUCAUCAAAGCCCCCCACAUCUGGCCUUAUCGCUGAUAGCAUCCAAGCAAAACUUGAAUCAGCCAUCAGACUUACUGAUCCUGGCCUACUCUUUCCCUUCCCUGUGCUUCAAUGGCAAAAUGAGUAUGUUGAUAUCAGAACCCUCUGUCCUGCCCUGACCUGCUUCCUUGAGGCAGGACUCCCUCCUGGACAGGGCAGUAAAGGGAAGCUAAACCUUAAGUAGGUCCCAAGGGUGGGCCCAGAGUAUCCUGUAAUCAAUCAGAAAAGAAGAGGAUAAGAAGUAGCAGGAGCUGGAGGUAUGAUGGAGAAGUCUUUCCAUCCGAACUUUCCUACCAGCUACCUGCUCCCCAUCACGGGCUUGACAUCAGAACGUGGGUGCUCCAUCCCCAGCUCUGCCCCCCACCCCCAGCUAUCUUUGAGGAUUACAGCAGAUGGUGAUUGCUGGAGUUUGUGAACUAGAGGACUAGAGAAAGUGUGGGACCCCAUGAUCAGCUGUUCACCCUGUCCUGGUGCAGCCCCAGGUUCUUCCUGUCCUCUUGCUGAGAGGCGGUGGUUGCUGAUUUGCAUGGAAGACUUUUUUGGGAAUCAGGCCUGCCUGGCUAUUGACCUAGCCUUUUCAGGUCCAUAGGGGUGGUCCUACCUCAGGACAGUGCAAAGGUAGUUCCAGCUUUGGCUGGGGGUCCUACCAAGUGACUUCUAGGGUCUCUGUCAUCAGCAGGACUUUUUAUAAUUUGAAGCAGAACUUAGCAACUGCAGAGUGAUGAGGCAGCCCAGUAUGCUGGGAAGGCCUGAGCACCUUGGAACUAGCCUUGGGCUCUGUCCCUUGCCAACCAUUGUCUUCAGAACCAGGCCCUUCUCUCAGGUCCUUGGGUCCCCUAUCUCAGAAUGCUCCAGGGAUUGGGAGGAAAGCUGUAGAAAAAGCAGAAGGUGGUUGGAAAUUUAACUGACUUCUUAGUGACAUGUGCCCUUCUCUGAUGGUUCUUUAUCACAUUGAUUUGCUGCGCACUUACUCCAUGGAGGGCAUAAGGAAGGGGCCUAAUUUUAUCUCUCUUUACAUCUGCCCCAUCUGGUAUCUCCUUCCUCUCGGACUCUGGACU